AUAACACUUGGUCCAGCACAGCACAGCACGCACGCCGGGCUCAACAAUAAUAAUCAAAACGCAGCUUUUCAUUCUCUCUCUCUCUCUCUCUAAACUCUGCUCGCAACGCCGCCGUUUUGGAACCCUUCCCUUCGACUCUCUGUUUUGGUUUUCAAAAGGGGAAAAAUUAUUAGAACAACGCGAUUUCGCAAACAAUUUCACUGCGUUGAAUCGAAUUGGGACAACAAGGAAUCGGAUCUCAAGUGCUAAGCAGGAAGCAAAAUUGCUUUUAAAUAUAAAGAAACAGAGGAUAACGUAAGGCCUUGUUCUUGAUACUGUUCUGAAUUUGUUGGAUGGCGGAAAAAUCAUGCAUCAAGCGCCUUCAAAAGGAAUAUAGAGCCCUUUGUAAAGAACCAGUUUCUCAUGUUGUGGCUCGUCCUUCACCAAGUGAUAUUCUUGAGUGGCAUUAUGUGUUGGAGGGAAGUGAAGGGACGCCUUUUGCAGGUGGAUAUUACUAUGGAAAAAUCAAAUUUCCUCCUGAAUAUCCAUAUAAACCUCCUGGAAUCAGCAUGACUACGCCUAAUGGACGGUUCAUGACACAGAAAAAGAUCUGUUUGUCUAUGAGUGACUUUCAUCCAGAAAGUUGGAAUCCCAUGUGGUCUGUAUCAAGCAUACUAACAGGGCUUCUUUCAUUCAUGAUGGACAACAGUCCAACCACUGGCAGUGUAAACACCACCACUGCUGAGAAGCAGCGACUAGCAAAAUCUUCCCUUUCAUUCAAUUGUAAGAAUGCAACAUUCAGGAAAAUGUUCCCCGAGUACGUGGAGAAGUACAACCAACAGCAGCUUUCUGAGCAAGUUGCUUCAGAGCGGGUCUCAUCAGAGAUGUCUCAUGACAAAAGUUCAAGGCCAGUGUUGGAAAAGAAGUUGGAUUCCACAGGAGAAGACAUGAGAAGAGUAGAUGGGUUGAAGGAUGUGAGAAAAAACAGAAAACCAUUUCCAACGUGGAUGAUGUUGUUACUCUUCUCCAUCUUUGGGGUUGUUAUGGCAUUACCCCUACUUCAGCUGUGAUGGCAGGCAGCAAAAUCUCUAUAGGAGGCAUCAGGGUUCAACAAGGGUUCUCCUGGAACUGGGUUCUAUAUGUUCUGCUUAGAUUUUGUCAAUGUCUAACAGGAUUUGUAUAGGAAAUGAUGGACAUGGAGGCCACGAUAAAUCUAUGGGCUGAUUUUACUCCUUUGUGUCUCUGUUACAUGCUUGAUACUUGGUGAAUGCUAAGAAGUUACAUGCUUGAUACUUGUGUUCCUCUAAAUAUGUUUUGAGGUUUGUCUUCUUUGUGGUGUUGGCUGUUAAACACACUGCACUUGCUGGUUGGGUGUGGUCUACAUUCUGCUUGUUAGAAUGGGUAAAUUAUAUCCGAUUAAAUCAUAUAAACGUAAUUCGCAGUAAAAUUUUG